UCUCCCCUUUCCCCGCGCCACUCCCUACCUCUCACCCUUUACCCACACAAUCGUGUUUUCCUUCUGCUAAAUGUCGAGUGUCAUGUUUCGUACACAUGAAAUGUGAGGGAUUUGUUGUACUUUUUAUCGGAAAAAUUGGUUUAAAACAACGAACAUGAAAGUAGAAAUCCAUAACCUCACUAGUAAUCCUACCCAAGCUUGGGCCGAGGUGUCAAAGUCCCAAAAAGUUAUAAAAAUACAUGCAAAACCGCCAAAAGCCGGGGUUGCGCCCAACAAAGUGCGGAUAGUGUGUAUGAGUGACACACAUUCACUUACUCCUCAUAUAAAAUUUGAAGUGCCGUAUGGAGAUAUAUUUAUUCAUGCUGGUGAUUUCACUCGCUGUGGCAGCUUAGAAGAAGUUGUCGAAUUCAACGAGUGGAUAGGCAGGUUACCUCACAAACACAAGAUUGUCAUUGCUGGAAAUCAUGAAUUAAGCUUUGAUGGGACUUUCACAAAGGCUCAUGGUGGGGGUGAAAGCCCUGCAUCACGUAUUCCUACCUUGGGCCUUGCUCGAGAUGCAAUAGCUGAAGCAGUUCGGACACCUAAUGCUAAACAGUACCUGACUAAUUGUACGUACAUUGAAGAUGAAGCUAUUGUCGUCAAUGGAAUAAAAAUAUAUGGCACUCCAUGGCAGCCAGAGUUCUGCAAUUGGGCAUUUAAUAUACCUCGAGGGGAGCCUUGUCUCUCUAAAUGGGACUGUAUUCCUGAAGAUACAGAUGUCCUCAUAACUCACACUCCUCCCAUCGGUCAUGGGGACUUGUGCUGUACAGGUGUGCGUGCUGGAUGUGUUGAGCUGCUUACUACAGUUCAGCAGCGAGUGAAGCCAAAGUACCAUGUCUUUGGUCACAUUCAUGAAGGAUAUGGAAUUACUUCUGAUGGAAAAAUAAUUUUCAUUAAUGCUUCCACUUGUGAUAUAAAUUAUUUACCCACAAAUCCUCCUAUUGUAUUUGACAUUUCUAUGCCAGAGGGAGUUUCAAAGAGUUGAUUAUUGUAUAAAAGUUUUAUUCAAAUAUAAAGGGCUUACAAAAUU